GUCACAAACCUGCGACGCCGCGGGCUCCACGUCUCGCGCUCUCUCAAGUUCCGUAACACCCGAUAACUUAUCAACAAAUAAAUGCAUGACUUCAUCGAAUAAUACGACUUCGAUGCUCGUCUCUCGCGUUCAACAAAAGUGUAGUGAAGUUUGACAAGUUUUGUGAAGUGUAGUGAACUUGUGAAGUUUAAUCAUGAAUGGUGCCCCGGCGAGACGACCCAAGAGCGCCUUCUCCGAAAUGGGUGUUCGGAUAAAGGAGGUGUCGGAGGGGCGGCCCUGCGACAACUGCCCAGAGUUGUGUCCGGGGUUCAUUCCUCAUGCUUGGAGAAAGACCUGCAAGUCAUGCGGCUGCGAUCGGCUCCAGCACUCCGUGUACCACGAGGAGCUGGACUCCGUGCGGGAUCGACUGGGGCUGCGGGAUCGGCCGCAGAUCGGCUUAGGGCUGGAUUCGCCACCUGGGCUCACGCACAAGCAGACGGAACAAUACUGGGCUUCGUUGGCGGAACGCGCGCCGAGCAACGUAGGUGGCGCCACUGGGGCGGCAGCGUGGCGCGCCUGGCGAACUAGAGCGCUGGCCACGCAGCUACCGAAGCAAGACUUGUCUCUCUCACACUGUCGGCACAUCGAUGAGGCCCACCGCAAGCAGUUUGAAGAUUUCGUCGCCGCUAGGAAUGAAAUAGCUUUAGAUAUAGGUGUUGCCGGUCAGCAUCUAAGUGCGCCAGUGGGAUGUUUGGGUUGUGAUAAGCCCAUUCGGAGCGGAAGUAUCUCUAUUUGUGCACCGCGGUUAGGUCAAGAGGCGCUGUUCCACCCAGCAUGCUUCUCCUGUUCGGAAUGCGACGAGCUGCUGGUGGAGCUGGCGUAUUGCGCGCUGGACGGCCGGCUGUUCUGCGUCAGGCAUUACGCCGAGCGGCUCAAGCCGCGGUGCCAUGCUUGCGAUGAGCUAAUUUUCAGUGGCGAAUACACCAAGGCGAUGAACAAGGACUGGCACAGCGGGCACUUCUGCUGCUGGCAGUGUGACGAGUCGCUGACCGGGCAGCGGUACGUGCUGCGCGAUGAGCACCCCUACUGCAUCAAGUGCUAUGAGAGCGUCUUCGCUAACGGCUGCGAGGAGUGCAACAAGACCAUUGGCAUCGACUCCAAGGACCUGUCGUACAAGGACAAGCACUGGCACGAGGCGUGUUUCCUGUGCGCCAAGUGCCGCGUGUCGCUGGUGGACAAGCAGUUCGGCUCCAAGCUGGACAAGAUCUACUGCGGCAACUGCUACGACGCGCAGUUUGCUAGCCGCUGCGAUGGCUGCGGCGAAGUCUUCCGUGCUGCGAAUGAGGAAGGUCCUCUAUAG